AUGUUUCUCACCUCGCGUUUUGCCAUAUUCGAUUCUUUGGGUGAUGAUCAGCAACCAAUGGUCAUAUUCAUCGCUCUAGUCGGCGAGGCUCUUACCAAUGCGAUGAACACGGUUCACUGCGACUCUCGGCCACCGACACCGUUGUCUUGGUCUAUGGUACUGGUAGAGGAUUACCGACACAAAGUGCGAGAGUCGAUGCUUCAAUCCAAUUGGUGUCCCUUCACUAUCGAGUAUUUCCUCAAUACUAAAUCUGUCUCUUGUGUAAAGUACGUUAGUGAACAUAGUCCACCGUCGGAUGGAAAAGAUCAUGCUACAUGUCAGCGAAUUAAGUGUGUGGCGAACCGAGUCGACGACAGCACCUACACUCAACAGCACACUCAGUCCUGCAAGGAGUCCGCUUCAAAGGACUGCAAAUUUGAAAAGCCUGCCCUUGGUCAAGUCGAAAACCUCAUUUCUCGGAACCAAGUCCCUGUCAUUCGCAUAGCCAACAGGUCUGAGGACGCUUUGGGGGGCUUGGAGGUACUCAAAUCAUCAGACUUGGCUUACGUAGCUAUCUCCCACGUCUGGGCUGAUGGACUUGGGAGCAAUACUGAGACUGGACUCCCCACUUGUCAAUUAGCCCGACUAGCAGCCAUGGUAUUCAAGUCAAACCCAGAAGGGGCAUUCUGGAUUGACAGCUUAUGCAUUCCCCAAGCAAGGGAGCACCGUAAGAAAGCCAUAAGGAUGAUGGCACGCACCUAUAAGGAAGCAAAGGCUGUACUGGUUCUGGACAGCGGCCUGCAGCGUUGUUUGUCAUCGGAUCCGGAGGCUUCAAGGCUGCUAUACGUCUUGACCUCUGGUUGGAUGGGUCGACUCUGGACACUGCAAGAAGCUGUAUUAGCUGACAAGGUAUUAUUUUGCUUCGCCGACGCUCUCGUGCCAUUGAGAGACUUGAUUCCAAACAGGGAGAACUUGGAAUUAUAUCCAUAUAUGGGGGAUAUGGCGGCAGAGAUUUUCCGUUUAAUCAAGCAGAGCCAGUACAAAGAUCUCAAGAUUGGCGAUGUUUCCCGAUCGCUUCGCUGGAGAGACACCAGCAGGGCCUCGGACGAGACACUGGCAAUCGCGAGCUUACUGGGUGUAGAUCCUGGGAUCCUCCUAGAACUACCAGCCCAGGAACGUAUGAUAAGGCUAUUCGAAGAGCUAAGGGAGGUUCCAAGAAACAUUGUUUUUCUUGGAGGAGACAAGACAGAUAUACCGGGCUAUCGAUGGGCCCCAAAGUCGUUUAUGGGGGCUCAUGGGGGAAGUCUUGGGGGGCGAGAUCUCUCUACAUAUGAAAACGACGGAAUCUGCACCCCUUAUGGCCUUGAAGCUACAUACAUGUCCUUUUAUUUCCGCAAACAAACGCUACAGGCCAGGAGCUCCUGGAAAUUGUGGCAUCCAGAGACCAGAAAGAGUUUUGAAGUUCGCGGCUUGUCAGAUUCGGAAGAAGAGUACGAAUGCGACAUGCUGCUAACAAACGAACCGCUGCCGAAGGGGAGCGCGUCACCUUGCAUCAGCGUUCUGAGGACCGCUAACCCGAAGAAGCUUGAGGAUGGUUCGUUCAUGGUUCCUUGCCAGUACAAGCAAAGAGUGGUUUUGGUUGAUUUAGUCAAGGAUAGUAGUAGUGAAGAGGCUAUCUCCUUGCAAGGAAUGGGGAGGAUUAAAGUAUGUAUUUCCUAG